UAAUCGAUUUCUUUAUUACUUCUAUAUAUUCAAAUAACAAGUUUAUAAUUUUGAUGCAAUACACUGGAGUUAAUUAAUCUACAUUAAUUGACAAAUAUAUAAUACAGAAUGGCUCCAGUGCCUUUAGAGGGUCAUCAGACCCCGGUAACUAAUAACAUCCCACAAGAAGGAAAUCGUGGUGGUUCUAUUUCUCUUGGGAUGCUGAUCGAUUUCAUAAUACAGCGUACUUAUCAUGAACUCACAGUUUUGGCUGAAUUAUUACCUCGGAAAACUGAUAUGGAACGGAAAAUUGAAAUUUAUAAUUUUUCAGCAAGAACUAGACAGUUAUAUGUACGAUUAUUAGCAUUAGUUAAAUGGGCUAAUAGUGCUUCCAAAGUUGACAAAUCUGCGCAUAUAAUGGCCUUUUUGGACAAGCAAUCAUUGCUUUUUGUUGAUACUGCUGAUAUGCUUGCAAGGAUGGCCCGAGAAACAUUAGUACAUGCUAGAUUACCUAAUUUUCACAUUCCUGCUGCAGUUGAAGUUCUUACAACUGGAACAUAUAGUCGUCUACCAGCAUGCAUACGAGAAAGAAUUGUUCCUCCAGAUCCAAUUACUCCAGCAGAAAAAAGAAGUACACUUCAAAGAUUAAAUCAGGUGAUUCAGCAUAGAUUAGUAACUGGAAAUUUGCUUCCACAAAUGCGUAAUCUGAAGAUUGAAGCAGGAAGAGUAACAUUUCUUGUAGAGCAAGAAUUUUCAGUCUCACUCACAGUAAUGGGAGAUGGACCAACAGUACCUUGGAGGUUACUAGAGUUGGAAAUUUUGGUUUCGGAUAGAGAAACUGGAGAUGGGAAAGCUUUAGUGCAUUCACUACAAACUGGCUAUGUGCAUCAAGUGGUUCAAUCAAGGUUGGCAGAAAGCUCGAGUCCAUUAUCUGAAGUUUAUCAUAUUUUACAUUACUUCUGUCAAUCGUUACAAUUGGAAGUGCUUUAUUCUCAGACGUUACGAUUAAUACGAGAUAGGUUGGAUGAUCAUAUUCAUGUGGAUGAAUAUACACCAGGAAAAUGUCUCUCCAUAUCGUACUGGAGAGAAUUAACUAAUAAAGAUCCACGAUCUGAAUUGGGAUACAAAUUAACAGUGCAAGUAGAUCAACAUGAUCCUGCAAGACCUCUUGCGAUAGUACAUGUUCCAUCUUUAGGCAGUAAAGAAAGUGAAAUAGCAGACAGAGCCAUUAGAUCGGACCAGUUAUCAAUGGAAUGUUUAUUAGUACAUACAAUUUAUAUACGUACUAGAAGUAGAUUAUUAGAUUUAAAGCAAGAAUUGCAAGCUAUGUUGAAAGAUGUUGAGUGUACUUUAGCUGGUUCACCUGCAAUUCUUUCUGUUCCAAUUUUGCAACCUUGUUUAAGAGCAGAACAUUUAUUAGUUACUGUUGAUACUCAUACUGGAAUGUUACAAUGUCAUGUACCUCAAUACGAAGCACCUUUGGUUCCUGAAUUGACUGCUGCUUUAAAUGGCGAUCAUUCUCGUCUUCCAACUUUAAUAUCAGAGCUUAGAUUUUGGAUAACACAAAGAAGAUGUGAAAAGACAUUGCAACAUCUUCCGGCAACUUCUCAUGAACGUUUGCCAGUACUUCUUCACCCUGAUCAUCCAAUAUCAAAGAUUAGUAGACAUCGUAUGUUUGUACAACUUCACCGACAUCCUACAGUGAUCCUAAUAGUAGCAUUCAAGGAAAAAGAAUCUUCACCUUGUGAAAUCGAGUGUUCAUUUUAUCUCGCAGUAGUAAAGCAUAGUUCCAUAGAGGAUGAUCCUCAUGAUGAUAGUAUUGAAACAGAAAUUCCAAAAAUGUACUUGAAAGUACAAAGUUUAAUUGAAUUUGAUACUUUUGUCAUAACUCAUGGCCCUUUUACUAGUGUCGAUAACGAAGCUAUUGAAACAAGUACUAAACGAAGAAGUGCAGGACCUAGUGGAAGAACUGAUGCUGGUACAAUAUUACAAAACAGAAGAUCCAAACAGCCUGCAUAUUUUAUUCCAGAAUUAGCACAUGUGGUUGCUCUCUGUGAUGAAAGAAUACCUUUUGUAACAUUAGCACAAGAGUUAACCAGAAGAGAUAUAGCUCAUCAAGGACUUCAAGUAGAAGCAAAUGCUACUGCAUUAGUUUUAAAAUUAGUGCAGUUACCUGCUCCUUCUGUUGCAAUAAGUUCUAGUUGUGCAUGGUAUGCACUUCUUAAAAGAUUACUUAGCGUUUCAAUUAGAGUCCAAGGUAAAGGUAUGGCGAAAACAUGGAUGGCUGAAUUUGUGUUUUAUGGAAGCCCUUUAUCUAGUAGCCAUCCAAAGGAGCAAGGAUUGAGGAGACCAGUAUAUUUUCAAUAUGAAAUGGGAACAGCAGAUACUGUGUCACGCACAGUAGAUGCAUUACUUAAUGAUUGGGCGCAAAUUGUACAUCUAUAUUCUAUUGUGCAUGAUCUAGCAGAAUAUUUCAAAAUGGAGAAAUAUAAUUUGCGUAAUACAGUCAGUAUAAAAUCAUAUAAUUAUAGCAAAUUGGUUUUAACCUAUGGUCCUAAUCGUGGAGCCACUGUUACUAUACAAUGGAGUAUUAAUGAUAAAGCUUUUAAAUUAAUUUUUGGAAAAAGUCCAAUGAGUACUACCAGUAAUGCUCAUUCAAUCAUGAAAGAACAACUUGAAGCGCAUCUAAACAGACAUAGAAACUUGGCACAACUUAUACAUAUUCUUCAUGAAACGCUUCAACCUCUUACAUCAAUUAGUAAACUACCCACAAUUCCACAACUUUGUGUUUACAAUUCGAGACCUCAAGUACCAGUGCAAACGUUUACUAUUAUGCCACAGUGUGUAACUCUAGUCAGAAUUGCAUAUCAAGGUAUGUAUUGUUUGGAACUUCGUUUACGAGGGGGUGGAUUAGUAAGCUUGCGAGAUGGAGCCUACAGUCGUUUCGAUAGGAGUUAUGUCGUAGAUGAGUUUACUCCAACGCAAGGCCUUAAGGCAUUUUUAUCUAAAUAUGUGGACGAAAGUGCAGUUUUCCGUAGAAGAUCUCAGUCAGAAGAUGAUAAUCCUCCAUCUCCUGUGACAAUGGAUAGUGAUGGUGGUAGCGGUAGCGGAAACGUGGGCUUUUUAAGUCAUCAUAGAAGUGGGCCACAAUCACCUGCUCAACAAAGAGAUGGUUUAAGAUUUCAUCCUCCGCUUACUCCACCUUCUGGUAGCAAUCCUCAUACACCAGCCAGUCCGCAUACUGCUAAUAUAUCACAGACAAAUCAGCAUCAGAGUUUCGGAAGUAGUCCAGCCACUUCUUUCAAUUUGGCUUCACCACCAUCACUUCCACCUAACACACCUAAUAUGUUGCCACAUCCUUCGCCAGGUUCUGGGCUAGUUGCUAAUAGUCCUCUUAAUCCAAUGCACGUUCCAAGUCCAGCUGGAUUGAUGCCAACGUCUUCUCCAGGUCCUUGUAGUAACGUUCAAGUGGGACACUCUCCUGCAGGCUCAUUCAUGCAAACUGGUCACAUAGAUGGAAGUCCUUUUCCAUCUUCACAGAGCAUGGCUUCACCAGCAGCAUCUAAUUGGCCAGGAUCGCCCAGUGUACCUAGACCAUCUCCAGCACGUCCUGCACAAAGUCCAGGGCAUGCUGCACUGCAUAGUCCUCAAGCCUCUGAUCAUAAAACCGGAACACAUAUUUCAAGAGUGCUUCCACAACGUUCAUGGGCUGGUGCUGUACCUACUCUUCUCACUCAUGAAGCUUUGGAACUGCUUUGCUGUCCUUCUCCUCACCCAUCUGGACUUUCAGGUCCUGAUCUCUCGCCACUUGAAAGAUUUCUGGGAUGCAUUUACAUGCGCAGACAAUUCCAACGAUUUAUUCAAACUGAUGAUUGUCUAACUGCAAUAAAUAGUACAGAACCAGGAGUUGUACAUUUUAAAGUUGAAAGUUUACAGUGUCGAGUUGGCUUAAACCCACAACAUUUACAAUCACUUCAUAUUAAAGUACAACCUCUUCCUGAGCAUAAGGAUCAAUGGACACUUGAAGAAUUACAAAUUAUAGAGAAAUUUUUUGAUACAAGAGCAGCAGCGCCCCCAUAUAAACCAAAUACACUUUCUGGUUUUGGCAGGAUGUUAAAUGUUCCAUUUAAUGUUCUGAAAGAUUUUGUACAAAUUAUGAAGUUAGAGUUGGUACCAGCAUUAGCGCAGCAACAGCAACUUAAAUGGAAUGUGCAAUGGUGUUUAAGGAUUCCUCCUUCUGGAACUCCUAUUGUACCUACUGGUAUGGCUGCUGUGCUUGUUUGCAGAAAUAAAAUCCUAUUCUUUUUGCAAAUAACAAGAAUUGGAUUGCCAUAUCAGGGAGAAACACCGUCAUUGGUUUUACCAUUAGUUUACGAUGUUAGUACAAAUUUAACACAGUUAGCUGAAAAAAGAGAUCCUAGUCCGGCUUCUGCUAUGGCUGCUGCAUCUUUACAAUUAAAGAGAUUUGCUGAAUAUGGUGCAAAUCAAUCUGAGUGUUCUCUCUUUCCAGCUGUUAGGGAUCUGUUAGCUAAUUUAACUCUUCCUUCAGAACCGCCAGUCAUGUCUCAAGUAGUUCCAUCACCAGCUGGUGGACAAGUAACACCAACACAACAGAUACAAAGUCCUGCAAUGCAACUACAUUCUCCCAUGGCUGGAAAUCAAGGACCUCCACAGGCACCAUAUGGAAUUCAAGGUAUGCCUCCGGUGGGAAUAAUGGGUGGACCACCUCAAUAGGAUAUGCUUUACUCUCCUAACCCCCUCUGUUUGCCGAAUCAGUCAACUUGGAUUAACUGAAUCGUGCAUUAAACGUCCGUUUUAUAAAUGUAUAGAUUUUUUUUAACGGACGAGUCUGGGGAUCUAUAGGAGAGUUUUUUCUUUACAGAGUGUUUUGUAAAAAGUCAGUAUAAAUGGUAAUUGUAAAAAGAAAUUUAGACAACAGAUUGUUCAUAAAAAUAUGUAUACACCAUAGAAGCAGAUAUCUUAGAUUAAUGUACGGAUAGAUGGAACAAAUUCCAUUUUAAAAUAAUUUAUUAAAUUAAUUAGUUUACUUAUAACGUCAUCUAUUCGUCUAUUCUCCAGUUACUUUGUAUCAUUGUAUAAAACUAUAUCCAUUAUACCGAAGAAUCAAAAUGUUAAAUAAUAACUUCAUGUAUUUUUUAUAAAAACAUCAAAUAUGUAUUAAAUUUUAGUAUUUAGACAUUGAAUUUUGAUAAGUUUAGUGGCAAAUUUAGCAAAGUAAAAGAAAUUGUAUGAUAAGUAACAAAUUCCUUUUUAUUAUAAAAGUGACUGUGAUACUAGUUCAAGUGUAUAAUAAAAUGAAUUUUAUGAUUAGAUGUAGAAUAAUAAUUCAAAACCAUCUACACAUCUAAGAGAAAUAUAGCUUCUAACAUUUAACUUACUGUAAUAUGU